AUGCCUUCGAAGGACUCUACACACCAUCCCACGGCACGGCCACAGCGCUAUGCGCCGCAAAAGGCGCAACGAACGCCCGCGAAGCCGAAAGCGAAGCAUGUCCACUUCGGCGGAGCGACUGUCAUACCAUCCGAAACGAGGCCUGGAUUAUCGCGACGGACCAGCUCUCGGCCAGUGACGGAACGCAAGUCGUCCUACAAUAAGCCCAAGCUAUCUGAGCGAAAGUCGUCGCAUUCUUCGCAGUCCGCCACGAGACGAUCCAAAUACGCUGCCAAGGACGAGAACGGAAGAAGCUACGAAGUUAUCGUCAACAGAUGA